AAUGCUAUAUAUACAAAAGACUUCUCUUGAUAUUUAAUUAGUUCACUAUUGUUAACAACAUAAGAAGCGUUGACAUUAUUUAAUAGAAAUUAAAGAUGCGUCAAUUGAUACUGAUGAUUGCAACAUGUCUAACUUAUGCUGUCAUAAUUAGUGGUCAAAAAAAAGUAGUAUGCUAUUUUGCAAGUUGGGCGUCAUAUCGUCAGAAUCAAGGGAAAUUUGACAUUUCCAAAAUUAAUCCAUCCCUUUGUUCUCAUUUAAUUUAUUCAUUUAUCGGAUUAAAUAAUGAUGGUACCAUUAAAAUUUUGGAUCCAUGGAUUGAUGUAACGCAAAAUGGAUUUAGAAAUUUUAAUGCACUACGAAAUAAAAGUCCAUCGACUAAAACAUUAGCUGCAAUUGGAGGCUGGGGUGAAGGUUCAGAAAAAUUUUCCAAUGUAGUAAGUAAUCCAGGUUUGAGAGGAAGAUUUGUUAAUGAAGCGGUGAAAUUUUUGAAACAAUAUGACUUCAAUGGUCUUGAUUUGGAUUGGGAAUAUCCAGGUCAACGACCAGGAUCAAGACCAACUGAUAAAGAAAAUUUUGUUAAUUUAGUAAGGGAAUUAAAAGAAAGAUUUAAUCGUGAAGGUCUUAUUUUAUCGGCUGCCGUUAAUCCCACUCAAUAUUCCGCUGGACUUUCUUAUAAUAUUCGAGAAAUUUCAAAAUAUCUCGAUUUUAUUAAUUUAAUGACAUACGAUUAUCAUGGUACUGGCAAUGAUGGUAGGGUUGGACAUAAUGCUCCACUAUUUGCAUCGCCACAAGAAUCACCUGAUGAAAAACAAUUGAAUUGUGACGCCUCUGUGAAAUUUUGGAUAUCACAAGGUGCACCACGAGAGAAGAUAAAUCUUGGUACACCUUUCUAUGGAAGAUCAUUUACACUCGCUAAUCCAAAUCUACAUAAAAGAGGUUCACCAACAACUGGUUCAGGACUACCUGGACGAUUUACAAACAGUCCUGGUACUUUAGCAUAUUAUGAAGUUUGUGAAAAUAUCAAAACAAAAGGAUGGAGAAUAGAAUACGAUGCGGAACAACAUGUACCAUAUGCUUAUCAAGGAAAUCAAAUUGUUGGAUUUGAUGAUGUCAAUUCCAUAAGGGAAAAGGCACAAUAUGCCAAAAAUAAUAAUCUCGGUGGCGCCAUGGUGUGGAGUAUGGAUACUGAUGACUUUAAUGGAAUGUGUGGAGAAAAAAAUCCUCUUCUAAAUACCUUAAAUCGAGUGCUUCGAAAUUGAAGACAAUUUUUUUACUUUCAUAUUUAUGUUCAUUAAUUUUUUUUUUUUUUUAAUGAACCAAAAGUUUUUGAACGUUCAUGUGAACGAAAUUUUUUUUGCAACUUCUUAAAGUACGAAUUUUAUUACAAAAUAUUGUUUAAAAUAUCUAAAAAGAUGUUUUAUUAAUUUAAUAAUUGUUUAAUUUACUGUUUCAUUUUACAUGGUACGUUCAAAACUUUCAGCUCAUUUUUUUUAAUACAUACACAUACCUGAAAAAAAUAUAUAUGAUUCAAAUAAAUAUUUAUUUGUAUUAAAUAAUUAUUAUUUGAAUCAAAUAAAUAUUUUUUCAAUUUAUAGUAAGUAUUUCAUAUUUAUUUCAGUUUCAAAUAAAAAAGCAAAUAAAAAAUAUUAAUUAAAGUAAUUGAAAAAUUUACCAAAAAUAUCUAUAUUAAUUUAUAUAUAUGUAAAUAUUCCUCUUUGUGUUCAACUUAAAAUUGUAAUUUGUUAUAUACAUAUAAAAAACAAGCAUUAAACUGAAUUAACUUUAGUAAUUUUUCAUUACAACUUUUUAGAUUUUAAUCUAAUCGUAAUUUUUAAUCUAUCUAUGUGUAUAAAAUAUAUUUUAAGCGUUAUAGCCUUGGGCAAAGUGUGAAUUUAGCCGAAAUUAACUUGGUCACGAUUGAAUUUUUCAUUGUCAGGUGAUAUUUCGUGUCAUUAAUUAUUGUAACGUUGCACACAUAUAUAAGCAGAGGAAAAUUAAUUACAUGUAAAUUAAAACUUGAAUUAACUGAAUUAAAAUCUAAUCAAAUAAA